AUGGAAGGCAUAUGUGGUACACAGGUGACAUCAUUUCUAUCCUUGCAAGAAUGCCGUAAGCUUCGUUUAGUAAGUAGACGGUGGCUUUUUACUUGUAUAUGGUUGCAAGUCAAUGACAGAGAUGGAGUUAAAGUGCAGCCUAGAAAAUCGGUCUGGAGUAUCCGCAGUCGCGCCUUCCGACAUUCCUGGACCACGUUUAUCCGCAACGAGAGCCAUUCAUUCCUACCGCUCCUACUGGAACUGCUGCCACCUGCUGCAAUGACAGAGACAAAGGAACUCAAGAGAGGUCUCUGUUUGUCCACAAACACAGGACAACGACCGUCGUUUGAGAAUAAAUACGCUCGUAGUGGCUACAUCCAGCAGAAAAUCAACCGCUGUGGGAAUCUGCCCAACCUGCUUUUGACAGAAGAGCUCAGUGAGCUGCGGUCAGAACUGUUUGGAACCCAGCAACCGGACUGUUGGAACAUUGCUUUGUAUGGUGGUGGACCAGGGUAUGACACACUUGGACUUGUCUUCAUGCGAGAAUACUUUCGAGCUUGGGACGUCAAGUUUCACACCAUCGUGUACGACAACGAGCCAGGCUGGGAAUGCGCGAUUAAUGCAGUGGAAAAGACGCUGGAAAAACUUGGCAAGCACAAGAGUUCGUUGAACUUUCAGUACUGUGACAUUACCCUUAACGUGACUGCUGAAGAGAACAGCCAUGUUCGUCGGUCGCUACAAGCUACCCAGGUACACGUGUUCUCGUUCGUGUGCGUGGAAAACUUUUGUCUACUGCGUGACACUGCGUACGUGUUUCUGCGGUCGCUCUUCUUGGAAUGUAGUGACGGCAGCUAUUUUAUCUUUACGGACUCGACCCAUCGUCUAUGGCCUGCCAUCUUUCACGUAGCCAAUGCUAUCGCGCCAGAAAGAUUCCGUGUUUGGACGCCGUUCGCUCGUUGCUGUCACUACGCCCUCGUCCUGCAGAAACUUCCACUCCAUUCAAAGCCAGCAUCUACAUAUCCGUUCUACAUGCAAGCGAUGAAAAACCUCGACGAGUUUCAACGACAUCAACAACAACAUCUUGACUCUCUGAAGACGUCAUUCGAGCUACAAUGA